AACACGUGUGAACUGUUUGCUAAGCGCUGCUUUACUGUUCUCUUCGCUGACAGAGUCGUGUUAAAUUUUCCUUAAUUUAUAACACAUUUGAUUAUAACGAAAAGUAGCUUUUAUAUCGUGUAAUACCUUUACAACUGUUAGCACUGCCGAUGAACACGCGGUUCCCAGUAUAGGAUUGCAGCUGCUGGGUCUCUUCAUCAUACCUCGUUUGGUUCACGCAUUUAUUGUGUCAUUUGUUGUUAAGUGUUGAUUGACAUGAGUGACAGUGACGAUGACGUGCCACAACUUUCAGCCGAAACGCUCGCAGCAUUGCAAGAAUUUUACGCAGAAAGUGGAAGCAACGUUACGGGAUUGGGACAAGACUCGAGUCCGACUGGUAAAUUCACUGUCGGUGCUGUUGAAGAAGACUGGCAUAUGAGUCAAUUCUGGUACAGUGAGGAGACUGCAACACGCUUAGCAGAGGAAGUUCUGCACCAGGCUGGAAAACAAGGGAGGAUAGCUUGUGUGAGUGCACCAAGUGUCUAUCAAAAGCUGAAGCAGUUGGACUCCGAGAGGUCGGACAGCAUCUCAGUUGUUUUGUUGGAGUUUGACAGACGUUUUGCAGCUUAUGGCGAUGAGUUCAUCUUUUAUGAUUACAACAAUCCCCUGUGCCUACGUGAGGAUAUUUCUCCUCAGAGCUUUGACAUCGUCAUCGCAGACCCUCCUUACCUCUCAGAGGAGUGCCUCAGUAAGGUGGCGCUUACAGUUAAAUACCUCACUAAGGACAAAAUCUUGCUUUGCACAGGAGCUAUUAUGGAGGAGCAUGCCAGAAAACUUAUGAAUUUGAAGAUGUGCAGUUUUUUACCAAAACACAGCCACAAUUUGGCCAAUGAGUUCCGCUGCUACAUUAACUACGAUUCAAGUCUUCUUUGAUGAAAAUGGCUGUGUAUCUGUCAUUAGGCUUCCCAUUUAAACAUAAGCAGAUGAAUAUUCAGAACAAUUUAUACUCUCACUCCAAGUAGAGAUUAGCAAGAUCCAAAUUUUACAGUGGAGAAUAUGGACGUUCAUCAGAGAUCACUGUGUUUGAUUAUCCUGUUGGCUGACAUGUGGUGUCACAGUUACACAAAUGCUUGCAUUCAUACAGAUAUUGAAGAGAAGACAACUAUAUUAAUACAUAAAAUGGUCUUGGAUUUUAAUUUAAAUGUAUAUAAUAUAAAGCAUUUUGUAUAAAAUGUACUACACACAGUUUUUGUGGAACCAGUGUCAGUUAUAACAUGAGGAC